CAAAAUGUUCGCCAAAUUGUUAAUUUUUUCUUUCUUGAUCGUCCCGGUAUACAUGGCCGCCCUGCUGAUGGACAAAAGGGACGAUUUGGAAUGCGACGCGAUCCCGAAAGAUAUCCUGGAAGAAGUCCUGGGAGCCUCCUUCAACCCCAGAUACAUGAGUAUAGAUCCCCCUGUAGAAACUGGUGUGACCAACAACGGAAGAAAAAGGGCCUCUAGCUAUGACAUGGACUUCUACGUAGACGACAACCAUUACGAAGAACUCAUAAAUGAUGCUGCCUGGGUGGUGACCAACCACGUGAAAAUCGAAGAAAGCAAACGUCACAUCUCCCACAGGUUCAAGAGAUCCACUAGAUCCAGAGCUAUGAUCCCGAAACAACUUAAAGAGUGGGAAUGUGAGUCUAUGAUCGUAUGGAAAGAUUUGGGAACUGACUAUUUUCCCCAGUUUUUGCGCACUGUGGAGUGUACCCAGAAAAAAUGCUGGUAUGGUAUGUACAACUGCUCACCUAGGUCCUUCACUGUGAAGAUCUUGAGGAGGAAGACCAACGUGUGUGUUUUAGCCGAAAGAGGGAUGAUUAUUGGGUACAAGGGGAUCCCUAGGGAUCUCAGAGAGAUGUGGGUUUGGGAAGAAAGAGCUGUGAAUUUCUGCUGUGAUUGUACAGCAAAUUAGAAGUCAUUUGGAGGAACAAUUCAGAACCCAGUGAAAAUAUAUGUGAUGGUAAUCAGACGGAGAACUUGCCACCUGAUGAAAAUUACAUGAAUAGCUGUACAUAUUUAUAAAUAGUUAAUUUA